UGUUUGUCUCAGAGAUUAGCCGUCCUUUAACGUUUACCCACACAACUCUCAGACGCGGGAACCAUUUCCUCUUCUAUUUUCUACAUUCUUCUCUUUCUCUUUCUUCAUCGUGCCGGCCUCAAUCUCUCUCUCUCUCUCUCCCUCUCGCGAGAGGUUGCUAACCAAACAAUCAGUGAAUGUUCCUUUAAAUUUUCAAAUCUCUUUGUUUCUCUCUCCUUCUGUUCGGGGGAUUCGAUUGGCUAUGUUUGACGAUGGCAUCUUCGGCUUCCGGCGGGGUGAGAUCAUCAACGGGAACUCACAGAGCAGAGAGAGUGCUACAGCAGCACAUUCCGCCUCUUAGUCAAGGCUCUUUUUCUUCCUCUUUGAAUUUACCAUCCAAAAGUGUCAAUUAUGGAGUUCGCUCCAAGGACAGACCUUCCUCUUCUUUUUCCAGGCGCUCUGUCACUCCUAAUUCUCGCUCUUUCUCCACUCAGGAUGACAACGAUCCUGUAAGAGUAAGGGUUGCUGUUAGACUUCGACCAAAGAAUUCAGAGGAUCUCAUUUCAGAUGCUGAUUUUGCUGAUUGUGUUGAAUUGCAGCCAGAGCUAAAGCGUUUGAAGUUGAGAAAAAACAACUGGAGCUCUGAAUCAUACAAAUUUGAUGAAGUUUUUACAGAAACUGCUUCUCAAAAGCGUGUUUAUGAAGCGGUGGCUAAACCUGUAGUUGAGGGUGUAUUGAAUGGAUAUAAUGGGACAGUUAUGGCUUAUGGUCAAACGGGUACUGGCAAAACAUACACGGUUGGAAGACUGGGUAAAGAUGAUGCAGCUGAGCGUGGUAUUAUGGUCAGAGCAAUGGAGGAUAUAAUGGCAAAUACAUCUUCCAUAUCUGAAAUUGUGGAAAUGUCAUAUUUACAGUUAUAUAUGGAAUCAAUACAAGAUCUUCUUGCACCUGAAAAGAGUAAUAUUCCUAUCAAUGAGGACCCAAAGACAGGGGAAGUUUCAUUGCCAGGCACUGCUGUAAUUCAAGUUCAAGAUCUAGAUCACUUUGAGCAGUUACUGCAAGUUGGUGAGUCAAACAGGCAUGCAGCUAAUACAAAGUUAAAUGCAGAAUCAUCCCGCAGUCACGCAAUUCUUGUGGUUUAUGUUCGACGAUCUAUCCAUGAAAAGAUAGAUGGACAAGGUAAAAUGGAAAAAAAUGAUUUACCAGGAGACAAAGGUAUACCCAUGGUUAGAAAGAGCAAGCUGCUGAUUGUGGAUCUUGCAGGAUCUGAAAGAUUAGACAAAUCUGGUAGUGAAGGUCACUUGCUUGAAGAGGCUAAAUUCAUUAAUCUCUCACUCACUUCUCUUGGAAAAUGUAUAAAUGCAUUGGCAGAAAACAGUCCUCAUAUACCAAUAAGGGAUUCUAAGCUGACAAGACUUCUUCGUGACUCCUUUGGAGGAUCUGCAAGGACCUCCCUAAUAAUAACAAUUGGGCCAUCUGCACGACAUCGUGCAGAGACCACUAGCACAAUCAUGUUUGGGCAGCGGGCUAUGAAAAUAGUAAACAUACUAAAGCUUAAAGAGGAAUUUGAUUAUGAAAGUUUAUGCCGGAAGCUUGAGACUCAAGUAGAUCAUCUUACUGCAGAAAUUGACAGACAACAGAAGCUGAGAGACAUUGAAAAAUAUAACUUGGAGAAGAAGCUGAUUGAGUAUCAAAAUUCUUUUGCUGAAGCUGAAAAGGAUCUGGUCACAAGAUGUGAGGUUCUACAGAAGGAAAAUGCUCACCUGGAACUGGAGAUGAAAGAUAUCUUAAAGGAGUUGAACCUUCAAAAGGAUCAUAACAAGCUGGCGCAUGAUAAGAUUACUCAAUUAGAAAUGAGUCUGGAACAUAGCAUGCAGCACCAGCUUGAAAAUUCUACUUAUCAAAAAGUAUUGGCUGAUACCACUCAAAUGUAUGAGAAGAAGAUGGUCGAGUUAAUUAAGCAACAAGAAGACGACCAGGCGAUAUUUGAAAGUGCUCAGGAACAACUGGAUGAGAUGAAGAAGCUCCUACAUGAUUAUCAAAAGUCAAUUCAAGAACAAGAGAUCAAAAUCUCUACAUAUCAGAAGGCGCUUAGUGACACCGCGCUGAUGUACGAGAAGAAAAUAGAAGAGCUCACUAAACAGUUAGAGAACGAGCAUGAUAGAUUUGGAGGUGCAGAACAACAAUUGAAGGAAACAAAGAAGCUUUUAAGUGAUCAUCAAAACUCAGUGCAGGUCCAGGAAGAGACUGUUGAACUUAAGAAAAUGAUAAAAGAAAUAUCUGAGCUACAUCAAUCAACAAGAAAUGAACUUCAAUCUGUGAAAGCAAAUUAUGAUGAUCUAUUUCAAGAGAAGGAAAAAAUUAGUGAAGAACUUCAAGCUGCGAGGCAAAGGCUUCUAUCUGAAGAGAAGCAGAGGAAGGCUAUUGAAAAUGAGCUGAUCAAACUAAAGAAUGUAGCACCUGAAAAUGAUGACUUAGAGGAUAAGAAAUCACAUAUAAAUGAAACUCAUGAUAAAGGAUCUUCGGUCUUUGGGACUACAAUGAGUUUACAGAAGUCAAGUCCCUUAAGGGAGAAGCUCUCUGGUCAAAGGGCCACAAUUGCCAAGAUAUGUGAAGAAGUUGGGCUUCAGAAGAUUUUACAGCUAUUAACUUCUGAAGAGACAGAAGUUCAGAUUCAGGUUGUCAAAGUGGUAGCCAAUCUUGCUGCUGAAGAUAUAAAUCAAGAGAAGAUUGUCGAGGAAGGUGGCUUAGAUGCAUUGCUAAUGCUGUUGCAGGCAUCAGAACACCCAACUAUUCUUAGAGUGGCUUCUGGGGCCAUUGCAAAUUUGGCCAUGAAUGAGAUGAAUCAGGGACUAAUUAUGAGCAGAGGAGGUGCUCGGUUACUAGCAACGAUAGCAUCCAAAACAGAUGAUUCACAAACACUUAGAAUGGUAGCUGGUGCCCUUGCUAAUUUGUGUGGAAAUGAAAGGUUACACAUGAUGCUGAAAGAAGAUGGAGGUAUCAGAGCCCUAGUAGGAAUGGUUGGAUGUGGGAAUAUUGAUGUCAUGGCACAAGUUGCCAGGGGGAUGGCAAACUUUGCAAAAUGUGAAUCUCGAGGAAUCAUUCAAGGACACAGAAAGGGUCGUUCGCUUCUGAUUGAAGAUGGUGCUCUUGAAUGGCUAAUUUCAAACUCAAAUAUCACUUCAGCUUCAGCUCGACGCCAUGUUGAGCUUGCACUUUGUCAUUUAGCCCAAAAUGAGGAUAACGUCAGGGAUUUCAUAACCACUGGAGGAGUUGAAGAGCUUAUUCGGAUCUCCAUUGAGUCAAGUAGAGAAGAUAUCCGCAGCUUAGCUAAGAAAAUACUGAAAACAAGCUCUGCAUUUCAAUCCCAUCACGGUGCAGAAUGAUGGUAAAAUGUAUAAAUUCAGGAUGAACGAUGAUUUUGUCUGUGAAGUAAUAUCUAGCAUUGUAUCGCAGCAGAUACUAGAGCCAGCCUCCUUUUGUUUUGCUAUAAACAAAUGUGUCUAACCAGUACAGCUGAGUUGAAACUAGUGAUUACGCAGUAGUAGUACAGCUGAGCCGAAACUAGUGAUUAUGCAGUAGCGUGCACAUGGAGUAAAACCGCUGGUAAGAAGAAAUAAGAAGACAAAUCUGACUCAUGAUUUUGAAGUUAGUUACCAUCAACAAGGCUAACCAAACUUAGGAAACAAUUAGAUACUUCCGGUUGUUCAUCAGUAUGUAAUUUAUGGCUCUUCUGCAACUGUUGACUGUGUACCCCUGCGUUUCUUUCUUCUUGUAACAUUUAUUUCCACGGGUACAAAUCAGAAACGCAUCAAAUGGUUUUUAAGGCUAUGUUUGGAACCUGGA